AUGUUCGGUUUAAAGCCUAUUAUCGGGGGGCUAUUCCAAAAGAAGAAGCCUCACGUGCAAAGCCUUGAAACGGAGAUUGUCGAUUUUGAAUGUAUGGUUGCAGAGCUCGAAGCAGAGCAGGCUCAAGUUGUGGCUAAUAAUUAUCUAGAAGAUGAAAAAAGUUCCGAAGAAAAGGAAGAACAAAGUUUCAACGAGGAUACCAAAAAUGAUUUAUGCCAGCGUCGAAGGGGGAAAAUUACACAACUGUACCCCAAUUACGGAUUAAUCGAUGAUUCGCUGUAUUUCGGUUUGACGGACAUUCCUACUACCAACUAUCGCGUAGGCGACCACGUUGUGUUCAUUGCGUAUCGUCGACGAAUUUCGGAAGAAUGGAGAGUGCAUAAAAUACUAAGCGUCGAAAAUGAACCGUGGGAGAACGAACCUGACAUUAAUGGAGUGAUCUUGGAAUCACGCGAGACUACCCGGCGCACGCAUGUAUGCCGAGUGGUGAAAAGAAGAGAUCGGGAUAUUAUUGUAACACCAGAUUUACGUUUCAGAUUGGACGAAGUAAAAGCUGAUUUCACUCCUCUCGAAGGCGACUGGCUGCAGCUGGACGUGUUCGCGGAGGUGGACCCGUCGUGCGCCGACGGCAGCGGCGACAUCCUCGCCGUGGACCGCGUGAAGGCGCUGCGCUGCAAGGCGCUCGUGGGCGGCGUCACCACGUGGGAUCUGGCCAAGGGCGAGGGCGUCGUGGACGGCGAGAUUUACUUCAGCAAGGACGCCUGCGAGUCGGGCUACAUGCCCUGCCGCCUCGACCGCGCAAUCGAGAGUGAACAGAAAACACUGGCAUGGAGAGCCCUCAAUGUCUCUCCUCAAACAGAGAAGGACAACAAUAGCUCAACACGGUCCUCCAGUAAUAAGCAAAUGAAAUCUCUCUUGGCAAAUAAAAAGGGCAUGGUUAUUAAAGAUAAUUUGUCGUUUGGGGUUCUUCAAAUGGGUGAAGAGAAAGAAAUUGGAGUAGAAGUGUUCAACAAUAGCGGUCGAAAACAUUUACUUCUGGGAGGUCGAUUUGUAGAACGCAAAGGCGCUGAUUAUCAGGUGUCCCUCAUCUGCCCAAAUAUGAAGAAUCCAAUCAUCUUAAUGCCAAGUGAAAGUGUGAUUUAUCGCUUUCAUGCCAAAGGAACUAUUCUAGGCCAUUCCUCGGAACUAUUUGUGUUUAAAUUUAAGGGCUUUGAUAUAGGGCGUUACUUGGAUGUUGAAGUCGAGGAAGAAUCACAAGCUUGUCUCUCGACGGUUCAGAAUCCUGCACACGUUCGGGAGAAAUAUGACAGGUGUGCGCUUGCUCGGAAAAUGCAAGAAUCGCAUAAGAAGGGUUUCCUUAUAUCUGGCGUGAGACCUAUCAAACCUCCAGCAUUCGUUCCAGUGCGUCUUGGAAUGUAUCCAAUUCCUGAUCGUCUUUGGGCAGCUGUCCUUGGUGUUGAAAAUGCAACCAGAAAACUCGAUGAAGUUUUAGACAGCUGUAGAACCACUGUACCAUGCUUACUACAAAGUUUGUCAAUGGACAAUUACUGCACAAGAAUGCAUGCUUUACUCUAUUUAGAAGAAAUCGAGUAUAAUUUGAGAAUGAGACAAUAUGAUAUGGAGAAAGCCGAAUUUUCAUUUGUGAAAGGAACAAACGGGAGACUGUUAUCUCUUGCAGUUCCAGGCCUUGCUGAGAAAAGACCAUCUCUCAUGUUGGGAGACAGAGUGAUAGCCAUCAGUACUUUGCAAACAGAUGCUGGAGCAGCUCUUCAAUUUGAAGGAUUCAUUCACAAAGUGUGUUCGCAAGAAGUCUGGUUGAAAUUCAAUGCCAACUUCCACGCCCUGUACAACGGCGGCUCUUAUUCGGUGUCGUUCCACUUCAGCCGCACGCCGAUGCGGCGGUGCCACGCUGCCGUGGAUUUGGCCCUGAACCACAUGGGCGUGGGGAUGCUCUUCCCGAAGUGCGUGAAGGUUCAGAAGCCUCAGCUGUACUUCACCGAGGACAAUUUCGACGGGGACAGUGGGAACAUGCCGUGCCCUGAGAGGGUGGACAGUGAGGAAGAGGACCUGCCUCCUCGGGUGCCGGGCCUCCAUCAGCACCGCCAGGCCCCCGAGGGAGCUCGCAACGGGCACAUCGAUAUUCAGGGGUUUGGGCCCGGUUUCACACGGAGGAGGCGGUACCGCACUCUGGACUCCCUCCCAUGCCCAGAGCCUCCGAAGUCACAAGACCAUGUGGUAAAACUGAAGUGGUUGAAUCAAAACCUAAAUCAGCAACAGAAAGAUGCAGUGAGGAAUGUCUUACGAGGAGAAGCACGCCCUCUCCCAUACGUCAUAUUUGGCCCACCGGGAACUGGAAAGACCAUCACAGUGGUGGAGGCAGUUCUGCAGAUAUUUCUGCUCGUUGCUGACGCGAGGAUCAUUGUUGCAACACCAUCAAACAGUUCUGCCAACUUGAUAGCAGAAAGACUUUUAGAGUCGAACCUCCUUCAACCUGGAGACUUGGUACGACUAGUUGGCUAUCAUUGUAUUGAGGAAGGCACAUUACCGCAGUGCCUUUUGAACUUCGCUACCACAGGAGACAUUCGUAUUGCACGAGGAGAAGCAAGUCUUCCAACUCCAGUUUGCGAAAACUUAAAAACAUCAUCCAAUGCUAGUACUCUUGGUCGCCACCGAAUCACAGUAGGAACAUGCAUUGCCUUAGGGCAACUCUACACAAUGGGUUUUCCAAGAGGCCAUUUCACCCAUGUGCUAGUGGAUGAAGCCGGGCAGGCUACUGAACCAGAGAUCCUCAUUCCCCUGGGAUUUCUGCACACUGGCUGGGGACAAGCAGUUUUAGCAGGAGAUCCACUGCAGUUAGGACCUGUGGUAGCAUCACGAGUUGCAUCUCAUUAUGGACUAGGAGAAUCUUUCCUCUCAAGGCUCUUGGCACGGUUCCCUUAUGAACGAGAUCCUCAGGGAUAUAGAGAAUAUGGGGGUUACAAUCCUCGCUUGGUUACAAGACUUGUUAUGAAUUACAGAUCACUUCCUGAAAUUCUUAAACUUCCAAGUGACUUAUUUUAUGAUGGACAACUGGAACCACAGGUAUCAACUGAAACAAGUUUAGAAGCUGACACUUUAAGGAAAAUGGCCAACAUUUUACCGAAGAGGAAGACUCAACUACCACCAGCAGUAGUAUUUCAUGGGAUUCGAGGAACUAACUACCAAGACGGCUCCUGCCCAUCGUGGUUUAAUCCUCAAGAAGUUGUCCAAGUUGCCAAUUACUUAAAGUCAAUAUUUGAAUCUGGCAUGAACCCAGAUGAAGUAGGAGUGAUUACACCAUAUCAGAGACAGGUCCAGAAACUGCGCUCCCUCUUAAUAAGAAUGAAAAUGCCCAUUCCAAAAAUCGGAUCAGUGGAGGAAUUUCAAGGCCAGGAGCGUCUCGUCAUCAUCCUGUCUGCAGUUCGCAGCAGCCCCAAGCAACUCAGCACAGACUUGCGCCACGCUCUGGGCUUCGUGGCCUCGCCGCGGCGACUGAAUGUGGCUCUGACUCGCGCAAGGUGCCUUCUCAUCAUUAUCGGCAACCCCCAUUUGUUGGCUCGAGACCCGUUCUGGAGGAGCUCUUUGCUUUAUUGUUUAAAGAAUGACUCGUACAUUGGCUGUGACUUACCUAACGAUAUUUUACAGAAAUAAUUUCCAUUUGGAUGUUUUUCUCGU